AUGAAAGAACAUCGCAAUUCCCUGGAUCAAUUGAUCUUUUUCCACACUCUGGAUGUCUACAUUGGGUUGAUUGGAGUUGGACUGAAUGUAUUUUUAUUAUCCAUUUUCUUCAGUAAACAAACCUUCUUCCUCAAGAACAAGGUGAGCCACGAAUAAUGUUACGAAUAUCAUCAAGAUGUAUAAUAAUUAAAUUUUUUUGUCAUCCCUUGCUACGUCCGCCCUCUUUGUUUAUUUAGCCAUCCAUUCCAGAUGUUGGUUGUGCUGGCAGUUGGAGAUUUAAGCGCUUGUCUUGGCACAUUUCUUCUGGGCUACACCAGGAAGGCCAUCUUCGAGGAUGAAUUAAAUGGGAUCCCUGUCAUAAAUCAGGUAAAUUUGGCCUUGAGCAUUCGGUCGGACAUCAGACAACAGUUUUUAAAAUUAAAAUAUUCACAAAUUAUGCACAUUUUGAACACAAUUUUGUUUAUCGAAAUGCGAAAAAAUAAAAAUUGUAGACGGGAGUCGAUUAACGUUUUUCGAAUACGUUGAAUGAUGAAGUCUUUUUGCGGUAAAAUGCAGCUAUAAUAGUAUAUUUUUGAAGACGUAUUUUUGAUGACAUAAGAGAACGGAUAUUUGAGAUCUCAAUGUUCUAAGACAUCUCUUGAAACGUUUUCUUCUCAAUGUCAAUCAUCAUUUUGGUAUUCCCUUAGGGCCUGCAUCUUCAAAACACACUCGAAUCCCAUUAAUCUACAUGAAUGACACGUUUCCGAAGUCAUAUUAUGUUCGGUAUCAAACCCUACAUUUUAUUUUUCCAGCAGAUCCAAUGUAAUAUCUCGUUUAAUAUACACAUUACAGACAGCCUGGUCAUGCACGAAGAAAGCGUUUGUUUGGUUUCGAUUAUGGGGUGCCGUGAUUCCUUCGGCGUCCGUUUUAUGGAUCGGGAUUGAGAGAUUGCUGGCUGUUUUCACCCCCAUCUUCUUCAGAACUCAUAUUGCUCAAAAGUAAGUGAAACAGAGCAUAAUGAAGCCAAUAAGAAGGUGCUGAAGAACGCAGACGUUUCUGAGAAAUAAGAUAAUAUUAUAUUUUCAGCACCACCCGAACCUGUUUGGGAGUGAUUACUUAUGCCGUUUUCAUAUCAAUUAUUGCUUUUUGCAUCGCCCACUCUCGUGGAGAUCUCCCCGUCCAGAAUUACUGUGGCCGCAAGGCCUCCUUCUCCAGUAAUUUCUCCACUUUUAUUUACAUUUCGGCCAUUACGGGCUACACAUUGGCCUUAUUGUUAAACUCAAUCGCUCUCUUCAAAUUGAAACAAAUGCAUUCCAAAAUGAAAAACCGCGAGCUCCAAUCUCACUUCCGGAUCCUACGUUAUAUGGUGUUGAUCUCUUUGAUCAGCACUAUGGCUGUUAUAAUUCCUAAUGCUUUGUCUUUAUUCGGCGCAUUUUACGGAAGAGUAAGUCCAAAAAAUUACAGUAAUAUCAAAUUAUAAUCAGGUGGAUAUUGUUGUCUCGGAGACAGCCAGCUGGUUUGGAGCUUUAAAGAGCUCAGUUAACAUCUUCAUCUACUUCGCAUUGAAGAAAGAUUUCCAAUACAGAGUGUUGAAAAUGUUCAGAUUAAUGUCUGCCUCCAAACCCAGCGAAUACGAAUCUCAACUUCCUUCUAAAUAUAGUCCAGAAGAACCGAGACAAUCCCUGUUGUCCUCAAAAUAA